AACAGAAACAACACUACCUAUGAGUCUGCAUAUCUGCACCACUUUGGGAAAAGUGCUGGAAGCAAGGAAGGUCUGGCAAGACUCCUGAGACACUCCCGGACCUGUCACGUCACCAAAGAGUGGACGCACAAUCUGUCAAGCUCAACACAGACCUCUUAAGGAAUUCUGGUCUUUUAAGGACUGGGAGAACACCUUCCAGAUCUUUCCAAUGCCACAUGAGCACCUCCCUGAAAAGCUUAUCAGAACAAAGGUCAGGGAGGUGUAAGCACAGCCAAUCACAAGGAAAAGCAAAAACAGGGCAGGGUCAUACCACAACAGGGACCUGAAACAGGAAGAAGGUUGUGACAUUGGUUGCAUCAGUUCCCUUCUGAAACUCAUUCAGCAACCUAUGAGAAAGUCUAUGGACAUUUGGCUAACAACAGUAUUAAGCUAAACAGUAUUUCUUAUUAAGAUCCUAAGAUUCUCUUCAAGGUACUCUGUAUUUAAGUCCUUACUGUAUUUAUGUCAAAAUAUAUGCUGUAACAGUGUAAACACUGAAAAAAUUGCCAACAUAUCUUCUGAUAUUGAGUGUGGUGCACUUUGUGGUGUUCAGCCAUUCAUUUGGAAGUAAUAAUAUCAUUGAAUAUCCUGUUAUAUCGAAUUAGCAACUCUCAGUGGUGCAAUAUCAGUGAACAGGGUGUAAGUUGUUGCCUCAAGACUUUUUUAACCACUUGAACCACAAACUGCAACUUCUCGUGACCUCUGAAGCAAGACAUAGUCCUCUAUUGUCCUUCAGGGCUUUUUAUACCGUGCACUGGCUGAAAGUCGUUGUCCAUCUGUGCCACAUAAAGACUCAGGGUAAUGCAGCCCGUGACCAAGGAGGGACUUUGAGACAGCAAUGGACAAACCCAUCCGUCCUCACGUCCCCUGCAAUGGCUGAGUGUCCUCCCCCAGUGCACUAAAGACGUUCUCAGCAGGACCGUACUCUACACCCUGUUCCUUUAGCCAAGAACACCGAGCCUAGGAGUGAAUGUCCUGCCUGCGGCGCCAACCUGUGACCAUCCCCAUGGACACUGUCAAGAUCAUCCAAUCGGAGAAGUUCUCUCGGGAGUGUCCGGUCCCCAUGACCCAGCCUCGCUAUGCCCCACCUCCCCGCGUGGCCUGGGACGGAGGAGGCGAGGGGGAGGUGAUCGUCAACCAGGCAUGUGGCGACCUGUGCAUGGAGGUCAACGGCAACACCGUGGUCCCACCCAGACCCCUAGUGUCUCCUCCUGCCCCCGUCCUCCGCCGGGAAGCAAGUUAUCUUGCCCAGCGCAAGACCAGCACAUCCGACAUCUGCUACCACCAGUUCCACUACAAGAUGGACAACGUCAUCGUCAACCAGUACGUGCUCCGCUCUUCCUCCACCUCUUCCUCCUCGUCCUCCACCUCCUCAGGCCCGGUGAUGCCGUGCGAACCACUGGACUGCCCCACCUGUGGACACACCUACAACUUUGCCGGCAAGCGCCCACGCAUCCUGUCCUGUUUGCACUCGGUGUGUGAGGAGUGCCUGCAGAUCUUAUACGAGUCCUGUCCCAAGUACAAGUUCAUCUCCUGCCCCACUUGCCGCCGCGAGACCGUUCUCUUCACCGACUACGGGCUAGCCGCGCUGGCCAUCAACACCAGCAUCCUCAGCCGGCUGCCGCCCGACCCAGCAGGGGUCGUGCAGUGGGGCAGUGACGGGGACCGCAGCUGCUAUCAGACGGUGCGCCAGUACUGUCAGUCAGCUUGCACUUGCCACAUUGCCAACCCUCUUUCCUCCUGUGGCAUCAUGUAGAAAGGAGAGGGCGGAUGACACAACUCAUCCCAAAAGCUAUUCCACCAUCUGAAAACCUUGAGUCACACACAUUCACCUUCUCCGAAGGGUCACAGAUGAAUCUGUAUAUUUAAUAGCACAGGAUGCUAUGUGGACUUGAAGUGAAAAGGACACUUGUGUGCAAAGACAGAAAUAUGAAAUAUCAGAGUAAAUGUAUUUUAUGUAUGAACUGAUUUCCCUAUAGCCCUCGAUCUCUUGUUUUGAUCUCUUUACAUGGGAAUGCCAAGGGAAGUCUGUCUCCCCCCAUCCUGGGUAUAAUAAAGACCAAUAAAG